GAGAUCAACCUUGUCUGGUCGUGUGGUAUUUUCAUCACUAUGAACCCAGGGUAUGCUGGUCGUACUGAGCUCCCAGACAACUUGAAGUCCAUGUUCAGACCAAUCUCUAUGGUUGUACCAGACUCCAACCUUAUUGCUGAGAUCAUCCUGUUUGGUGAAGGCUUUAAUAACACAAAGCUCUUAGCUAAGAAAGUCUUCACACUAUACUCACUGGCAGUACAACAACUCUCUAAACAAGACCAUUAUGAUUUCGGUCUUCGUGCGCUGGUGUCCGUGUUGCGUUAUGCCGGAAAAAAGAAGCGUGCCAAUCCCACAAUGCCUGAUGAAGAAAUCUUGCUUCUCUCCAUGAAAGAUAUGAACAUUGCAAAGUUGACAUCGACAGAUACGCCAUUGUUUAACGGUAUUGUUCAGGACUUGUUCCCUGGUGUUGAGGUGCCAACGAUAGAUUACAGCACGCUCAAAAAUGCAAUUGAGGCUGAACUUAAGGAGGCCAAGCUCCAGUGCAUCAACCACACUGUAACAAAGAUCAUCCAGUUGUAUGAGACAAAAACAUCACGUCACAGCGUUAUGAUCGUUGGUCAAACACAAUCAGGGAAAACUGUCUCGUGGCGGGUCCUUCAAUCCGCGAUGAGUCGUCUGGCCAAAGAUGGGAAUGAUCCUACCUACCAAACUGUUAAGGAUUUCCCAUUGAACCCUAAGGCAGUUUCACUAGGGGAAUUGUAUGGAGAAUUUGACCUGGCAACCAAUGAAUGGACAGAUGGUGUACUUUCCACAGUGAUGAGGCAGACAUGUGCAGAUGAGAAACUAGAUGAAAAGUGGAUAAUGUUUGAUGGUCCAGUUGAUACACUUUGGAUUGAGAGUAUGAACUCUGUCAUGGACGACAACAAAGUUCUCACAUUGAUCAAUGGUGAACGUAUAGCCAUGCCUGACCAGGUAUCUCUGCUGUUUGAAGUUGAAGAUCUUGCCGUUGCAUCCCCUGCCACCGUGUCACGUUGUGGUAUGGUUUACAAUGAUUAUGUAGACCUCAGCUGGCAACCGUAUGUCGACUCUUGGCUAGAGAAGAGAUCGGAAAAGAAGCAACUCUGUGAAGAACUGAGGCGCCUAUUUGACAAGUACCUGAUCAAAAUACUUGAGUUCAAACGACUGAACUGCUCAGAGCUGGUCUCCAUCGCAGAAUUGAAUGGAGUCGCCUCUCUCUGCAAGUUAUUUGAUGCACUAGGCACAAAAGAAAAUGGCGUUGACCCAGCAGACACAGAGAACUUUGUCCGCAUGAUUGAACUCUGGUUCCAAUUUUGCAUGAUCUGGUCAAUCUGUUGCUCCGUAGAUGAAGAUGGGCGGAAAAAGAUUGAUGCCUACUUCCGUGAAAUGGAGGGAACAUUCCCAAAUAAGGAUACGAUUUAUGAAUAUUUCGUUGAUCCAAAAACAAAGACAUGGGUCCACUGGGAAGAGAAAUUGAGAAGUGGAUGGAAGUAUAACCCAAAUCUUCCCUUCUACAAAUUGAUCGUCCCCACUGUUGAUACAGUGCGUUACAACUUCCUGGUGAACAAUCUUGUUGCGUCACACAACCCUGUCCUAUUGGUAGGACCUGUGGGAACAGGGAAGACAUCUGUUGCUGUGACAGCACUUGGAGAACUGGAUCCAUCUCGAUACAGCGUUCUUAGCAUUAAUCUAUCUGCUCAGACAUCUUCAAACAAUGUUCAAGACAUCAUUGAAAGUCGUGUUGAGAAGCGUACCAAAGGAGUCUACGUCCCAGUGGGUGGAAAGAAACUUCUUACCUUUAUGGACGAUUUCAACAUGCCAGCAAAGGAUACAUUUGGCUCCCAGCCUCCUUUGGAGCUUAUCAAACUCUGGUUGGAUUAUGGGUUCUGGUAUGACAGACAGAAGCAGAUUGUCAAGUACAUCAAGGACAUGUUCCUACUUGGAGCUAUGGGGCCACCUGGCGGAGGACGUAUGGUUAUCUCACGACGUCUCCAGAGCAGGUUCAACCUGAUUAAUAUGACAUUCCCUCAGGACUCUCAAAUCAAGAGAAUCUUCGGUAGCAUGAUUAACCAAAAGCUUCAAGACUUUGAGGAAGAAGUGAAGCCCAUAGGAGACAUAAUGACGGAGGCCACUAUUGAGAUGUACCAGGCCAUUGUUGCAAAGUUCUUGCCAACACCCACCAAGAUACAUUACCUGUUUAAUCUUAGGGAUAUUUCAAAGGUGUUCCAAGGGUUAACACGUGCACAUAAAGAUUAUCAUGAUACGAAACAUAGCAUGACAAGACUCUGGAUCCAUGAGUCAUUCAGGGUGUUCUCUGAUCGUUUGGUGGAUGAUAAAGAUAUGGAAAGUUUUGUGAACAUACUCAGUGAAAAACUUGGUUCUUUAUUCGAUCAGACCUUCCAUAACAUCUGUCCCAACAAACAACCUCCAAUAUUUGGUGACUACAUGAAUGUUGACAAUGUGUAUGAAGACAUACAAGACAUUGCACAGUUGAAGAAACACAUGGUUGAUUUGUUGACGGAAUAUAACUCAACACCAGGCAACAUUAACAUGGAUCUUGUCCUCUUCAGAGAUGCAAUCGAGCACAUCUCUAAGAUAGUGCGAGUCAUCAGACAACCAAGGGGCAAUAUGCUGUUGAUUGGUAUAGGUGGCAGUGGAAGACAAUCUCUGACACGCCUAGCAUCUCAUAUCUGCGACUAUACCACCUUCCAGAUAGAGGUAUCAAAACACUACAGAAGACAGGAAUUCAGAGAUGAUCUUAAGAGACUUUACUUCACAGCUGGUGUUGAGAACAAACAGACAGUGUUCUUGUUCAAUGAUACCCAAGUAGUUGAGGAGAUAUUCCUAGAGGAUCUUAAUAAUAUUCUCAGUAGUGGAGAAGUCCCUAAUCUUUACAAACCUGAUGAGUUUGAAGAGGUAAGGUCUGCACUGGCUGAUGAUGCAAAGAAAGAAGGUAUUGAAGAUUCACCACAGGCAAUGUUUGCAUUCUUGGUAGACAGGGUACAAGCCAAUCUACAUGUUGUUUUGUGCAUGAGUCCUGUAGGAGAGCCCUUUAGAAAUCGCAUGCGUAUGUACCCCGGGUUUGUCAACUGUACAACCAUUGAUUGGUUCAGUGAAUGGCCAAUGGAUGCAUUGCUAGAGGUCGCUGAGAAAUACACACAAGAUAUUAAAAUGGCUACUGACGAAGAGGAAAAUCUGAAGCCAGCAAUAGCAAAGAUAUUUUCAAGUAUGCAUUUGUCUGUUGCUGAUGUCAGCAAGAAAAUGCUGGCAGAAAUAAGACGUCAUAACUAUACAACCCCAACAAACUAUCUAGAAUUGGUGUCAGGUUAUAAAAAGCUGCUGUAUGAGAAACGUAAAGAACUGGGAGACUCUCGCAACAAACUUAAGAAUGGUCUGAGCAAGAUUGACGAGACUAGAACCAAAGUGGAGGCCAUGUCCAUUGAACUUGAGGAUGCCAAACUGAAGGUUGCUCAGUUCCAGAAGCAGUGUGAGGAAUACCUUGUUGUUAUCGUCCAGCAGAAACGUGAAGCUGAUGAGCAACAGAAGGCUGUGUCUCAAAAGAGUGAAAAGAUAGCUGAAGAUGCUGCCAGGUGUAAUCACAUGGCUGAAUUGGCUCAGGCUGAUUUAGAUGAGGCUAUACCAGCCCUUGAUGAGGCUCAGAAGGCACUGGAAGCCCUCAACAAAAAGGAUAUCACUGAAAUUAAGUCAUAUGGUAGGCCCCCAGCACUUGUUGAAACUGUCAUGCAGGCUGUCAUGAUCUUGAAGGGAUGUGACCCUAACUGGGCUGAGGCUAAAAGACAAUUGGGUGGCGGUGAUUUUAUCAAAACUUUGAUAAACUUUGACAAGGAUAACAUCUCCGAUAGAACAUUGAAGAAGAUUGGACAAUAUGUCGCCCAACCUGAUUUCCAACCGGAUAUUAUUGGACGUGUAUCAUCUGCCGCAAAGUCAUUGUGUAUGUGGGUGCGAGCCAUUGAAUUAUAUGGAAGAAUCUUCAGAGUUGUAGAACCUAAGAGAGCUCGUCUUAACCAAGCCAUGGCCACAUUGAAAGAAAAGGAAGACCAACUUGCUGAAGCUCGGGCAAAACUUCGAGAGGUUGAAGAAAAAAUGGCUAAACUCAAACAAGAAUAUGAUGAAAAAUUAGCCCAGAAGGAAGAGCUUCGUCGGAAGGCUGAACAAACCGAAAUGAUGUUAGAGAGAGCUGCCAAGCUGGUAUCUGGUCUGGCUGGAGAAAAAGAACGUUGGGAAGAGACUGUGAAGGACUUGGAAGAAAGAAUGGGUUAUCUUAUUGGUGAUUGUCUGGUGUCUUCAGCGUUUUUGUCAUACAUGGGACCCUUCUUGUCUGAGUACAGAGACACUUUGGUGAAUGAAAUGUGGCUGAAAAAUUUAAGGAAGCUUGGUGUGCCAUGUAGUCCAAGCUUCAACUUCUGUGACUUUAUGGUGAAACCUACACAGGUUCGUGACUGGAAUAUUCAGGGUCUCCCAAGUGAUGCCUUCUCCACAGAGAAUGGUGUCAUUGUCACAAGAGGUUCAAGAUGGCCGUUGAUGAUUGACCCUCAAGGUCAAGCUCUGAAAUGGAUUAAGAAUAUGGAGGGCAGUAAAGGAUUAAAGGUGAUAGAUCUACAACAGCCUGACUACAUGAGGACCUUGGAAGUCGCAAUCCAAUAUGGCCUCCCAGUGGUUCUACAAAACGUUCAAGAAAAACUUGACCCCUCAUUAGAUCCUAUCCUCAACAAAUCAAUUAUGAAGUUAGGGGGCGCUGACAUAAUCCGACUUGGAGACAAAGAAAUCGAGUAUAAUUUCGAUUUCCGGUUUUAUAUUACAACAAAGCUAUCCAAUCCUCAUUACACUCCAGAGAUUUCUGCCAAGGCCUGUAUUUGUAACUUUGCAGUGAAAGAACAAGGUCUUGAGGCCCAGUUGCUUGGUAUAGUUGUGCGCAAAGAAAGACCAGAAUUGGAGGAACAAAAAGACAAUCUCGUAAUAAACAUCGCCAAGGGAAAGAAAAAACUUGUUGAACUUGAAGAUGAAAUUUUGAGGUUACUAAAUGAGGCCAAGGGGUCUUUACUUGAUGACGAACAGCUAAUCAACACACUUCAAACAUCAAAGACGACAUCACAAGAAGUUGGAGAACAACUUCAGAUUUCUGAACAGACUGAAAUCAAGAUCGAUGCAGCAAGAGAGGGAUACAGACCAUGUGCCCAGAGGGCUUCGAUCCUCUUCUUUGUCUUAAAUGACAUGGGUAGGAUAGACCCUAUGUACCAGUUCUCAUUAGAUGCCUACAUAGAGCUUUUUAAUAUCUCCAUUGACAAAAGUCAAAGGAGUGGCAAGCUUGAAGAAAGAAUACAAAAUCUUAAUGAUUACCAUACAUUUGCUGUUUAUAGGUUUACAUGUAGAGGAUUGUUUGAGAAACACAAGUUGUUAUUCUCAUUCCAAAUGUGUGCCAAGAUCUUAGAGGCUUCUGGUAAACUCAACAUGGAUGAAUACAGCUUUUUCCUCAGAGGCGGAGUGGUAUUGGACAAAGACAAUCAAAUGGACAACCCUUGUAGUAAUUGGCUAAACGAUUCUGCCUGGGACAAUGUAACAGAGUUAGAUAAACUCACAAACUUUCAUGGUAUUAUGACAUCAUUUGAACAAUACCCACGUGACUGGAACAUUUGGUACGUGUCGUCAGAACCAGAAACUGCCGGCUUACCAGGUGAAUGGGACAAUGCAUGCAAUGAGCUACAGAGAAUGUUGAUUGUAAGAUCAAUGCGCCCCGAUCGUGUCUCAUUCUGCGCUACAUCAUUUAUCAUUAACAACCUUGGCUCCAAGUUUGUAGAACCUCCUGUACUGGAUAUGAAACAAGUGGUGGAGGACUCCACUACUAGGACACCAUUGAUAUUUGUAUUGUCCCCUGGUGUGGACCCCACUAGUAUGUUGCUACAGCUCGCUGAACACAGUGGCAUGGCUACAAGGUUCCAUGCUCUUUCCCUGGGUCAAGGUCAGGCUCCCAUAGCAACACGCAUGAUUCAUGAAGGUGUCAAAGAGGGCAACUGGGUAUUCUUGGCUAACUGUCACUUGUCUCUCAGCUGGAUGCCACAGCUGGAUAAACUUGUAGAGCAGUUACAAGUUGAACAGCCGCAUCCAGAAUUCAGACUGUGGUUAAGUAGUUCUCCUCAUCCUGAGUUUCCCAUCUCCAUACUCCAAGCUGGAAUCAAAAUGACAACAGAACCCCCCAAGGGUCUGAAAGCAAACAUGAAGCGUCUAUACACAUUGCUGACUGAUCAACAAUUCACAAGAUGCAAGAAACAAGACAAGUACAAGAAACUGUUGUUUUGCUUGUGUUUCUUCCACAGUGUGUUAUUAGAGAGAAGAAAGUUCUUAAUGUUGGGUUGGAACAUUGCCUAUGAGUUCAACGACUCUGAUUUUGAGGUAUCAGAGAACCUCCUCAGUAUUUAUCUUGACGAGUAUGAUGAAAUCCCAUGGGAUGCUCUCAAAUAUCUCAUUGCUGGUAUCAACUAUGGAGGCCAUGUUACCGAUGACAGUGACAGGCGUCUACUGUUGACAUACAUCAAUGAUUUCUUCCAAGAGAAUAGUGUUAGCACACCAUUUCAUAAAUUGUCAAUUCUUCCAACAUACUACGUUCCUAAAGAUGGUCCUCUAUCUGCUUAUAUCGAAUACAUCACCAUGCUGCCAAACAUUGAUCACCCAGAGGCCUUUGGGCAACAUCCAAAUGCUGAUAUUACAUCCCAGAUCCAAGAGACCAGGAUGUUGUUUGAGACAUUAUUGUCUCUUCAACCCCAGGUUUCAUCCUCAGGAGGGGAGAGCAGAGAAGAUAAGGUGUUAGAGUUGGCUAGUAACAUUUACAAAACAUUACCAGAAAAUAUUGACUAUGAGAACACUGUUAAAAUACUCUCAGUAGACCCAUCUCCCUUAAAUGUGGUCCUCUUACAAGAGAUCCAACGUUAUAAUGCGCUCCUUAAUGAGAUCCGCAACCAGUUGACAGACUUAGAGCGUGGUAUUCAAGGUUUGGUUGUGAUGUCACAAGAAUUGGAAGAUAUAUUCUCCUGUAUAUAUGAUGCCAGAGUUCCACCUGCCUGGGAAAAGGCUUACCCCUCUAUGAAGCCCCUUGGUAACUGGACUCGUGAUUUAGUGGACCGCGUAGCACAGUUUGAGAAAUGGGCCACCACAGCUCACCCUCCUAACAUAUUCUGGAUGUCUGCAUUCACCUUCCCUACAGGGUUCCUAACUGCUGUUUUGCAGACUUCAGCCAGGCAGAAUAAUGUGUCUGUUGAUCUACUCUCAUGGGAGUUCACUGUCCUUACUGUAGAUGAUAACAACAUAAUGAGUGCUCCUAAGGAUGGAGUAUACAUUAAGGGCCUGUACCUACAAGGUGCUGGUUGGGAUAAGAAGAAUGCGUGUCUAGUUGAGGCAGAACCCAUGCAACUUGUUUGUCCCAUUCCAUCAAUCCAUUUCAAACCAGUUGAAAACAAGAAGAAAAGUGGAAAGGGCAUGUACCAGUGUCCGGUCUACUAUUAUCCUAACAGGGCAGGUGGGAAUGGACGUGCAUCGUUCGUCGUAUCUGUUGAUUUGAAGUCAGGGGAGAAAACUGCUGAUCAUUGGGCCAAGAGGGGAACUGCAUUACUUAUGAGUCUUGAUAAUUAGACUAUUCUAGAGGAGAGCAGUUGUGAUAUCGGACUAUUUUGAGGAAAUGCAUUACUUAAGAGUUGAUAAUUAGACUUUUUUGAGGAGAGCAUUGAUGAUUUGGUUAAGAUGAGAAACACUAAAUCUAACAUGAUAUAUAUAUGUUGACAGAAAUAUAUCAGUAGGGUUUAUGCCUUCUUUUUAUGACAGAAAGA